GAUACUUUUUGAUUUGAGCUCAGUGUUAAUUAAGACGUGAACUAAGUGGGUUGAUACCGAUUCCGUUCAAGUGAUUUAAAACUUAAAAAACAAAACAAACAAAACAUAAUUAAUUACAAAAAAUAAACGCAAAUAUAAAAACUCAACUAAACACAAAUUCCAACAAAAACGAUAUAAAAACACUCAAUUUUGAAGAAUAUAAUUGAAAGUAAAAAGCAGUGACAUUAUGUGUGGAAUUUUCGCUUAUCUUAACUACUUGACACCAAAAUCUCGUGCUGAGGUUUUAGAUCUCUUGGUAACUGGCUUGAAACGUUUAGAAUAUCGUGGUUAUGAUUCGACUGGUGUAGCUAUUGAUGGACCAAAUGGCAAGGAUACUGUUAUGGUUAAAAGUGUGGGCAAAGUUAAAGUGCUAGAAGAAGCCAUAGCCAAAAAUUUCAGUGGUAAAGACUAUGAAGAACCCAUUAGUACACAUGUCGGUAUUUCACAUACACGUUGGGCUACCCACGGUGUACCAUGCGAAAGGAAUUCACAUCCCCAGCGUUCAGACAAUGAGAACAGUUUCGUCGUUGUGCACAAUGGUAUCAUAACCAAUUACAAAGAUGUUAAAACCUUUUUGGAAAAGAGAGGUUUUGAAUUUGAAUCCGAUACUGAUACAGAAGUUAUUGCCAAAUUGGUACAUCAUUUGUGGAAACAACAUCCCGGUUACUCUUUUAGAGAAUUAGUAGAACAGGCCAUUCAACAAUUGGAAGGUGCUUUUGCUAUUGCUAUUAAAUCCAAACAUUUCCCCGGUGAGUGCGUGGCCUCCAGACGUGGCUCUCCUCUGUUGGUUGGUAUCAAAACCAAAACUCGUUUAGCCACCGAUCACAUUCCCAUUUUGUAUGGCAAAGAUGAUAAGAAACAACAAACUGAACAAGAAACCGAGCCGGGCAAACCACAAGAUCAUCGUAAACAUUUGCAAAAUCGCGAUUUAUCAGUGUUGCCACGCUCUGAAAGCACCUCGGAAUUUAUGCCUUUGGAGAAGGAAGUUGAAUAUUUCUUUGCCUCGGAUGCUUCGGCUGUUAUUGAACACACCAACCGUGUCAUUUACUUAGAGGAUGAUGAUGUAGCCGCUGUACGUGAUGGUGCUCUUAGCAUUCAUCGUCUCAAAAAAUGCACAGAUGAUCCCCAUGCUCGUGAAAUUACAACUUUGAAAAUGGAAAUUCAACAAAUCAUGAAAGGCAACUAUGACUAUUUCAUGUUGAAGGAAAUUUUCGAACAACCCGAAUCCGUAGUAAAUACCAUGCGUGGUCGCGUACGUUUCGAUACUAAAUCUGUAGUACUUGGUGGCAUUACGGAAUACAUUCCAGAGAUUAAACGUUGUCGUCGUUUGAUGUUGAUUGGCUGUGGUACCUCUUACCACAGUGCUGUGGCCACUCGUCAACUUCUGGAAGAACUUACCGAAUUGCCCGUAAUGGUUGAAUUAGCUUCAGAUUUCUUAGAUCGUAAUACUCCCAUUUUCCGUGAUGAUGUUUGCUUCUUCAUUUCCCAAUCCGGUGAAACAGCCGAUACAUUAAUGGCUUUGCGUUAUUGCAAACAACGUGGGGCUCUCAUUGUUGGUAUCACUAACACUGUAGGCAGUAGCAUAUGUCGUGAAUCUCAUUGUGGUGUCCAUAUUAAUGCCGGUCCCGAAAUCGGUGUUGCCUCCACAAAGGCUUAUACUUCACAAUUCAUUUCAUUGGUUAUGUUCGCUUUGGUUAUGUCUGAGGAUCGUCUGUCUUUGCAACAAAGACGUUUGGAAAUUAUUGAUGCCCUUCUCAAUUUGGAGGAUCAAAUUCGUCAAGUUUUGAAAUUGGACUCUGAAGUACAGGAAUUGGCCAAGGAUUUGUAUCAACACAAGUCACUUUUGAUUAUGGGUCGUGGUUAUAACUUUGCCACUUGUUUGGAAGGUGCUUUGAAAGUUAAAGAAUUAACUUACAUGCACAGUGAAGGUAUAAUGGCUGGCGAACUUAAACAUGGUCCCCUAGCUUUGGUUGAUGAUUCCAUGCCUGUACUUAUGAUUGUUUUACGUGAUCCUGUUUAUGUCAAAUGUAUGAAUGCUUUGCAACAGGUUACCUCACGCAAAGGUUGUCCCAUCAUUAUUUGCGAAGAGGGUGAUGAAGAAACAAAAUCCUUCUGUUCCCGUAGUUUAGAAGUUCCACGCACUGUGGACUGUCUCCAAGGUAUCCUUACCGUAAUUCCUAUGCAGCUACUAUCUUAUCACAUUGCCGUCUUACGUGGCUGUGAUGUUGAUUGCCCGCGCAACUUGGCCAAAUCUGUAACCGUAGAAUAAAGUGUGUUAGAUUAGACUGCCAAUUUACUUAAACCUUUUUUUAUAUAUUUGUAUAUUGAGUAAAAAGUUGAAUGAAUUUAUUCCAUACAUACGUAUAUAAUUUCUAUAUAUAAGUACAUAAAUAGAACAUAAACUGCAUUGUAUACAAUCAAUAUGUUUACUUUUUUAUAUCCAUGUUGAUUGUAGGAUUAUUGCAACGAUUGUUAUCGUUAAAUUUUAUUGUUAGAUAUACGUAUAUAUGUAUGUUUGUAUAUGUAUAUAUUGUAAAAAACAGAUUUUGUUUAUUGUUUAAAAUUUUAUACAUGUAAAAAAUUUAAAAAAAUAUAUAUCUCAAAAAAUGUGCUUCCAAUUUUUAUUAAUACUCGUACAUGUGUAUUCGUAUUAGUAUGUUAAAAAAAUAUUUUGAAUAUCUUGCAUAAAUAUAGUUAUAAAUUAAAAAAAUA